GCCAAAUAUACUUAGUAGCGAUUGAUGGAUUGAAAGUCAAAGUUUUGUUAAUUGCGCGUAAAACUCCUGAAUUAAAAAGAGCGAUUUUCUUUGUGGAAAUUCUUUGUUGGUAAACAAAGGAUUGUGAAUUCCAUAAUGUGGUCUCAUCUUCAACGGGGUAGUUCGCCCGUAGAUUGGUGCGAAUCUAAUUACUCUAUAUCUCCUAUGAUCGCCGAGUUCGUUAACACAGUCAGCAACAUCUUGUUUUUCCUGUUUCCACCGGUUCUCAUUCAUUUGUUCCAAGAGUAUGCAAAGUUUGUUAAUCCAGCCAUCAAUUUAUUAUGGAUUAUGCUGAUGGUAGUGGGCCUGAGCUCGGCCUAUUUUCACGCGACCCUCAGUUUAGUUGGUCAACUACUGGAUGAGAUAGCUAUACUGUGGGUGUUUAUUGCUACAUUCGCUAUGUUUCUGCCAAGAAGAUAUUUCCCCAAAUUCUUAGGAGGUAAUAGAAAAAUGCUAGCAUUGUACGCGUGUGUUUUCUCAUUUGUAUCAACUGGCUUCCUGCUGAUGUACCCAUUCGCAAAUGCCUUUGCUCUGAUGGCGCUCGUCGUACCCAGUUUAAUGUUCAUGUACAAGGAGUUAUUAAGAGUAAAAUGCGCGCGCGUGUACCGCUUAGGGUUGCGCAGCAUGGCCGUCUGUUUCCUAGCCCUAUUCUGCUGGAUCAUCGACCGCCUCUUCUGCGACGCCUGGCUCUCCAUCGACUUCCCCUACAUGCACGGCGUUUGGCACAUCCUUAGCUUCAUCGCCACCUACACGGCGUUCGUAGUGUUCGCCUAUUUCAAUGUCUCCGAGGAAAACCCGGACCAAAAACCUGUGCUCAAGUAUUGGCCAAGCAACGACUUCGAAUUGGGUAUCCCGUAUAUUUCUGUCAAACGUCCGUGUAAGAAAGAUGAAGAUUUGGCAAUAUAAAACGCUUUUUCUAUAUUUGUAAUAUGUAUUAAAGACAUGUUCACAUUAGGUUUGAUCAGCCGUACUCUUGGUGUACUGUAUCCGUAGUGUAAACACUCUAUUCUAAAUAUUAAGUAUGCCAACUGAUGGCUGACCGUAACCAAACUUAAUGUGCACGUGCCCUAAAUGAGUCGCUAAAUCGAAUGUGAUAUGUGAGUGUGAAUUAGACUGUAAAUCGUGAUGUCUUUGUUUAGCUAAACGCUGUAAAUGUAAAACAAAUGCAGCUCGCUGAACGUAGCGUAGGAUACCUAAUGUAAAUAAUGUGGUUUGAUUAUUACCGUGAAAUUCAAUUUAAAUAAGUUUAGAUACCAAAUAACAGUAGCCAAUCUAAACAUUCUCAAAUACCCGUUUUGUGUUCUGAUAUUUUUGAUCACAAUGUUCGGUCCGGUAACAAACUUCUAAUCGCUAUUGAACAGUGC